AUGCUUUGUCGCCACCUCCUCGCGCUCACCCUCCUCCUCGCGGUGCAGUCCAGGGCCUGGGGCCCGGACUGGGUGCCAUGGACUCCUCUGGGACCCUCCCAUCGAAGGCCGGAGGUGCCGGACACCCCCUGGUCCCGGACCGUGGACCGGCUGUGGAAUGCCACCCGGGCGCAGGUCGCCUUCUGCGUAGGGGACAGGCGUGAGCCGGCGCUGGGCCUGCUGGCCGCCUCCUUCCCCUGGCCCCUGCCCUCAGGGCCCGCCAGCGAGCCGGUGUGCGCCAGCAGCCAGGGGCUGGAGACCUUCCUGUGCCGCCCUGCAGAGAUAGAGUCCUAUGCCAGGUACAUGCUGCCGACGGAGAAUCCGGAGAAGGUGCCCGACACGCCCCACUGCCGAGCGGGGAAUGCGUCCUCCGCCUGUUCCCCCGGCUUCUUCGACGCCAACCCCGCCCACCGUGACGAGGCCCGUGCCUGGUCGGCCGCCGCGGCCGCCACCCACCCCUGCUGCGAGGGCUACUUCUGCCCCUCGGGCCUGGAUUGCGUCAUGCCCUGUCCGCUGGGCGCCUACUGCCCCAGGGCCGUCCCAGCGCCGCCGCCGCCUCCCUACCGCACCGGGCACCCGGGCGAGGACCCGGACAUGUGGUGCGCGCCCUACGCCUACAAGCGCCGGGCGGGGCUGGGCUGCGGCGGCGCCGACAAGUGGGGCAUCGUUCCGCCCGAGCACGCUUUCCCCGUGGCCGACUGGAGCGAGGGCACCGGAUCGGUGUACUGCAGGGGGGGUUCCUACUGCCCCACCACCCUGCGCAGCGUGCCCUGCCCCGCCCGGCACUUCUGCCGCCAAGGCACCACUGAGCCGGAGGCUUGCCCCCCCGGCGCCGUCUGCCCGCCGGGCACCGAGAUCUUCGACGACAACUUCACAGGCUUCACCAUCGACUUCCUGCUGAUCCUGGUGCUCUGCAUCGUAUGGCAGCUGUCGCAGUGGUACCGCGCGCUCAUGCGCCGCCUGUCCUCCAUGGAGCGCCUGGCAGUGACCUGGGGCCGCACGCAGGCUCUGCCCCCGCCUGACAUUGCGGCGACGGCGGAAGGGGAGGCGGAGGGGGGCCCCGCUGCAGAGAGCACAUCGCCCGGCAAGCGUUGGGGCAAGUGGCUGCGGCGGGGUUGGAACAAGGGGUCCAACCCGCUGCUGGAACAUUUGCAGGCCGAGGCGCCGACCGACAGGGCGGCGGACGGGCGGGAUGGACCGAUCGGCGCCGCCCAAGCCGACCAUGCAAACGGCGCGGGCGCGCAGCCGCCAGACGGGGCUGGGGAGGCGGGGCCGGCCCCUCCCCCUUCUCCACGGCCCCAGCUGCACAUCGAGUUCUUUGCGCUGGGUCUGGCCCUGGGUCCCCGCCGCAAGGCGGUGCUCCAGGGCGUGACUGGCUGCCUGGCGGCGUCGCGGCUGACGGCCAUCAUGGGUCCCUCCGGGGCAGGCAAAACCACCCUCCUGAACGUACUGGCGGGCAGGGCGCAGAAGGGGCGGCGCAGCGGCGAGGUCCGGGUCAACGGGGUCGUAGACCGGCUGGAGCGGUACAAGCGCGUCACGGGCUUUGUACCGCAGGAUGACAUCAUGCACCCCGACCUCACCGUGGCGGAGGCGCUGGCCUUCGCGGCGCGGUUCCGCCUGCCCUCCCACACACACCCCGCCCAGCACGAGGCGGCAGUGGAGCGCACGCUGCGCGCGCUGGGACUGGAGGGCGUGGCCGACAGCCUGAUCGGCGACCCCGACGCGCGCGGCAUCUCCGGCGGGCAGAAGAAGCGCGUGUCCAUCGGGCUGGAGCUCGUGGCCGACCCCGCCCUGCUCCUGCUGGACGAGCCCACCAGCGGGCUGGACGCCUCCGCCUCGCGCGCGCUGGUGGCGGCGCUGCGCGGCAUCGUGCGUCGCGGGGUCACCGCCGCCGCCGUGGUGCACCAGCCCUCCGCCCAAGUGCUGGCCAUGCUGGACGACGUGCUGCUGCUGGGCGCCGGCGGCCGCACCGUCUUCUACGGGCCGGCGCAGGGGGUGCAGACCCACUUCGAGGGCCUGGGCUACGUGCUGCCGCCGCGGCUGAACCCCGCCGACGCGUUCCUGGACAUCAUCACCGGCGACCGGGGGAGGGGGCCGGAGGGCCUGGACGCCGUGGCGCCGGGUUUCCUGGCCGAGGCCUGGGCGGCGCGCGAGGCCGGCGGCGGGAAGAAGGUCACCUGGCCCGCGCUGCGGCUGUGGCGCCGUAGGGUCUGGGAGGCCUCCAGCUACGGGCUGGACCAGGCGCACGCCACCCUGGCCGACUUCUGGAGCGGCAUGGUGGAGGCCGUGGGCCGGCUGGACGGCGUGAUGGUGAACAGCGGGGGGCGCCCCACCUCACGCUCCCAGCGCGAACGGGUGCGUCUGGCUACACGUGCGGUCCCCGGCUUCCUGCGCCAGUACCGGUGGUGCCUGGGCCGGGCUGCACUGCAGCGCAGCCGCGACCCCGUGGGCGUGCUGGUGGACACGGUGAUCAUCGCCGUGACGGGGAUGACGCUGGGCCUGCUGAGCGACCGCGGGCGGGAGACCAUCAUGCACUACGCCGUGUCCACCACCUACUCCGUGGUGGCCGUCGGACUCAUGGCCACCGUGGGCGGGCUCUCCACCUUUGGCACGCGCCGCCUCAUCGCGCAGCGCGAGGCGGCGGCAGGCCUGAACCGCCUCGCCUUCUUCCUGGCGCUGGACAGCGUGGAUGCGGUGCUGUCGCUCAUCCACUCGGCGGUCUACCUGGUCAUGUGGUACUCCUUCGCGGUACCCCGCGCUGUGGUCUGGCAGAUGUACGCCGUCACCGCAGCCACCGUAUACGCCUGCACGGGCAUGGCCUACCUCCUGAGCCAGGUGCUGGAGCCCGGCACCGCCCAGCUGGCGGCGGCGGUCUUCUCCCUGCUCUCCACCAUGAUCGCGCGGCAGGGCAACCCCUCGGGCGCGGUGCGCCUGCUGCAAGGCUUCAGCUUCGCGCGCUGGGCGCUGGAGGGCAUGGUGGUGAGCGAGAGCAACCGCCUGACCGGCGUGUGGCUGCUGGCGCGCUGCGCGGACCUCGCCUCGCUGCGGUACGAUGUGCGGCGCUUCGGGGCCUGCCUCGCCGCGCUGGGGGCGCUGGGCCUGGGCGCCCGCGCCGCCGCGCUGGGUCUCAUCUUCCGCAGGGGGCUGUACGGGUGA